ACCACAACAACAUUGUUGUCUGUCCCUCGCUUCUUCGCCAACCACACAGCGGCGCCGCCAUCUCCGAUUACCAUCGCACUCGCUUACUCCUAGUCGACCAAAGACGCAUAGUCGGGGAAUACGUCUGCACGCCGUAUCAUCCGCCAAUUGAAUCACGACAACCAUCUCUAGCUACCUCCCCCGCGUCAACCUCCUCCGCCACAGUCACCAGCAACAUCCCUUCUCCCUUGGCUCCCCGUACAUUCCGUCGCACCCUACCUUGGCCGGGAAUCUUGUCCCUCUCCUGCCAUCACCCAUUGUCACUCUACAAUUUGUCUCGACCACCUUUUCGAGCAGUCCUGGCCGAUCAGUCAUGUCCGCCGACGCGGAGGUAGCUGCUCAGCUGCCCAACGGCUUGCUCGAUAAUCGCUCUGCCCAGGACCAGGAUCCCGUCACCCCUCCCGACAAUGACAGCGAGAUUCUCGCGCCGAACUCGCCGCUGCCGUCGACCGAAGCGCCGCCGUCACCCAUCGACGAACCAAGUGCUUCUUUCAAGACUGAAUACAACGAUGACAGACUCGCCUCGUCAGCCAUUAUCCCCUCAUCUCUGACACCGCCACCGUCCUCUCAAGUGCCCUCUCACGCCCGCAAUGGCGUCCUGCCGAGCGCUUACAUCGCUUCCCAACGCUCUACACUUUUCUCUCCUCCCGCCACGGGGCUCGCCGCUUUUCGACCAGCAGACGUCGCUCUGGCCGCCGACUACGUGCCACCCGCACCUCAGCAGGUGCUUGAGGCGACCGCCGACGAGCUGCGCGCCAUGAUGCAGACGUGCAUUGCCGAGCAGGCGAGGCUCAAGAUGGAGGCGGCCCACCACAAGCUGCAAUACAACCUGCUGAGUCUGCAGGCCGAUGAGGAUGCGAAGCGGGCUGAGGUUGAAUUCGAAAUGAUGAGGCGGGAGGUGGAGGCUCUGAGGACGGCCGAGUACUCUCAGCAUGCCCGCCGGGAGCUCAGUGCUGCUACCGAGUCAGCCCAGCUCAAGUACCUGCAGAUGAAGACGCUGUACGAGGAUUCCGUCGAGGAGAACCGUGCUCUGAGCCGAAGAUUCAAAACGGCCAAGAAGCUGGUCUCGCAGAAGGAGGAAGAGAUCACGAGCCUCAGUGAGGAGAGGGACAUGCUCCUCAACCGCAUCCGUGAGAACAGAGAGCACUUUACCAUGCUCUGCAACCCUGGCGGCAUGUUCCACGGGGCCAUGACGCCGACUAAGGCGUCACAGAGUGUGUCGACCCCCCAGCAGGUGCGGGCGCCAACACGACAGGCGCCCAAGACGGUGCCAGACAUCCGAACGGCUCCCUCUCCCGGCCAGGAGCCCAUGGCUGCCCUUCUCCAAGCGCUGAGCCAGGACAACAACAGCGCCCCUUCCACGCCCGUUGCAGCAGCUCGCCCAGUUCCCCGUCUGUCGGCGAAGCACACGCGCAACGCCCAGUCCCUCUCAUCGCUGCCCACGACGCCCGGCUACAAGCCUCGUGGUGAACACAUGGGGCUCCUGCCGUCAGUUGACCUUGUGCCGCAGACCGAGCCGCCUGCACGUUAUUCCAACAGGCAAUUCGCACCGCCGUCGCCGACACCACGACGCGAGCGUUUCCACAAGAGCCGUGAGAGCACCAUUUCGGCCGUCGACGACAAUGAAGAGCUUGCCAGGCAGGCCCUCGAAUCCGUUGCAAAGUCAGCUUCGUUUCUCUCGCAGGCCUCUCGUGGAUCUCAACGCGGCCCUCGGAGGCCGCUGCCGAACAAUGGCGAGCACGACGACAAUGAUGAGGCAUUUGAGAGCCAGGCGAGCCAGGCGGCGUCGGAGAUGUUGCGCAGGGAUCCACGCUCGAGCUUUGAGAUCGCGAGCGAGGCCCGGAGCGGGACACCAGCGGCAGCGGAGAAGAGCGCGAGGCUGCAGGCGAAGCUCCUGUCGGGCAUGGCGGGGGGUAACGGAGGCGAGAAGAGGAAGUUCAGCGGCGGCAUCCCACCGCCCGAGGAUCUAAGGCAGAUACAGGCAAGCCCGCCCAAGAAGCUGCGCGUCAGCACGCAGGUUGGUGACGGCUCGAGUGUGGGUCUGGGGAUACAGUAUGGGCAGCAUUAG